UGGAGUGACGGGAGAAAAUGAACCGGUUUGACAAGACAGAGUUAUUUGAACCUGAAUCCACAGUGUUCUGACGCAGGAAGAAUCCCUGCAGACCGGUGCACCUCCAGAACAUGGAGACCUUUGUAAAUGGCUCUUAAACUCACGCAGUAAACCCAGGAGCCGCUGUGGAGAUUCCAGACUGUGAUUUUUGGCCUGGCCUCUGCUUCUACUGCUUAAAAGCUGAAUGGAGGGCUGCUCAGACCGGACUGGGUCAAAAUGCAGCCUCACAAAGACUGCUUUGUGCUAUGCUGUGCCUCUUAGUAAUGGCCCAGCGACUCUCAGAGAAGGUUUAAUGGUUGUCUGGUGAGUGAGAAAAAAAGCAUGUUUCACUUAAAUUUGUGUGGAUCAAAAACAGGCUUAAAAUCACAGAUGCAGAGUUAAUUUCUAAUAAUGCAAAAUACCAUUAUCCACAGUUUUUAUUGGAUUAUGAGGUUUUAUUUUAUUAUGCACAUUUAAUAUAACAGCAUGAUGAUGCUGAACAAAAAGCCUUUCUCUUUUCAGUUAGAGUGUCACUGCCAUCUACAGAUCAACAGUGAAAAUUCACUAAAUAAAUCUGAUGUAUUCUCAGCAGUGGCCACAGCGUAAACAUUGCCUGUCAUGGAAGAUAGUUUUAUCAUGUGCAUUUGCAUAGUAAUAGGAUUAAAGGAACUGAGUUUCCAGUUGAGCUUCCACUUGAUGAAUAUGCAGUGUUUUGUCUUCUCUAAAGCCGUGCCACCAUCAAUUAUCUCUUAUGUAAACACCCAGCCAGCAUAUUUUUGUGUGCAUUGUUGAUAUUACUAAUUAGCUUAUGUGUGAUCUGGUCAGUUUGACCAUACCUAAAGAGCAGUAGUUGGGUUGGCAGAUUUCAUUUGUACUCUGGUCAAACUUUUUAUUUACUUAUAGUAGAAGUGCUUUUAUUAGGGCUGUUACCCUAGUUAUCUUGAUUCUGCUGACACUAUUUUGUGAACUUUAUACUGUUUUGUAAUUGUAACACUUGUAGUCUACAUAAAAACAUUGGUUUUACUUUGCAGAAAACUGGCUGUUGGUUGGUGAAAAAAUAUUAAAAUUUAAAAAUAAAAAUGGGGGGGGGUGGGGGCUGGUCGACACUUGAUCAACACUAGUUCUGUGUGAAACUCCUACACUUGGCAACCCUGGCACUACUUGAACUUGUGCCUGCACUACAAAGGGGAGGGAACAUGUAUUUUGAACUUUUAUUGCUGUGCAUGCAGCACGUUGAAGCAGCCAUGUACACUGGAAUUGCAAUCCUGCUCACUGUAUUUGCAGCUCUUUUUGCUGCUUUUUGUUUACUGGUAGUUGUCCUAGUGUACUUCGAGCUGAGAAAGUUAAAUACUCCUCCUGGAAUUGCUAAUCCUGGGAAACUACGCUUGAUUCAUGGAGUGUAUGUGGGGAUAAGCAUUGUGGGCCAAAUUCUGAGGCGAUUGGGGCUGUGCCAUCAGAUGAAUUUUAUACGAUGGUGCAGAUGUUGUAUCAUGGCCCGCAAAAGGCCAGUGCCCUUCGGGCUUCGUAUUAAGGACUUGACCUUCAGUGGAGUUCCAGUGAGGGUGUACGAGCCUACAGCUGGCACGGGGGAGAAAAAACGGGGCCUGGUGUUUUUUCAUGGUGGCGGCUGGAUGUUUGGCUCUAUAGAUGAAUAUGAAGAAGUGUGUCAGUUUAUUUCACUGGAGAGUGAAACCACAGUUGUGUCUGUGGGUUACCGUCUGGCCCCUGAACACAGGUACCCUGCCCAGCUGGACGACUGUGAGGUCGUGACUCGCCACUUCCUGUCAAUAGCGGCAACCGAUUUCGGGGUGGACCCACGCAGGGUGGCAGUUGGUGGGGACAGCGCAGGGGCGAACCUGGCAGCCGCUCUCUGCCAGAGGCUGUCGAAGACACAGGAUGGUCAUCUGCCAUCUCCCUGUGCCCAGGUUCUCAUCUACCCGGCACUGCAGAUGGCAGAUUUCCACCUGCCCUCAUACCAGCAGAAUCACUCUGCGCCCAUAUUGUUCAGAGACCGAACAGUGUUCUUCUUCCUGCAUUAUCUCAACGGGAAUACUUCUGUCAGCCAGCAGAUUCUGGAAGGCAGGCAUGUUCCUGUCGAGCUAAAACUUCGCUAUAAGAAAUGGCUGGAUCCAGAUAAUCUUCCACCUCAGUUUAGAAAAGGAGAAAGAAGUCCGCAGGUUUCCUCAAGCCAUGAUGCUGAUGCCUAUCACGUUAUCAAACAGGGGCUGGAUCCAGAGAUCUCCCCUUUGCUAGCCGAGGAUGAUGUUCUUCGCCUCACGCCGCCCACCUUCGUCUUGACCUGUGAGUUUGAUGUGCUGAGGGAUGAUGGGAUUCUUUUCCUUAAGCGACUGAGGGAAGCAGGAGUGGAGGUCACGUGGGAGCAUCUAUCUGAUGGCUUCCACGGGAUCAUCAGUUUCUUUAACCAGGGCUGGUUGACAUUUCAAUCUUCUCAAAAGGGUAUGGACAGCAUUGUAAGAUAUGUAAAGACUUUCUAACUUAGAAGUCGAAAGAUGUGGGAGAAUGACUCAGAAGGGCCUGUAAUAGUUUUUUUUUUUUUUUUUUUGUGAGAAGUGGGAAUGAACAAAAGCACUUUCCCAUUUGUUUUUGUCCGUAGAGAAAUUUAAAAACUAACAAACCAUUAAAGAAGAGUUACAAGGUUGUUAAAGCAAGGGUAGGCAAUUUAUUCCAGAAACAUUUUUGGUUAUACUGGUUGAAAGCCUGAGAGCAACCAAUAAUUAAAGCACUCCACAAAAAAAAAAAAAAAGGUUUUGUUUAAGUACUGGUGGAAAACUACAAUACCCAUGAUUUUGCUAUAAAAUAUUAACCAAUCAAAGAAUGACAAGUUUUAAAUAUUUCUGUGCUUAAUAUGUAUAUUUUGAAAAAAAGAACAUAAAAUUAUUUCUGUAUAUAUUAUUAAUAGCUUUAAAUCAGUAGUUUUAUAGAUUAAAGUUAGAUUCUAUCAUUCACAAUGCAUCACGGGAUUGUAGUUUUUGUUGUUUUUUUUUUACGAUUUAAAUUUUUUUUUCUUAGUUUAAUUAAGGUUGGUUUGGUUUAUGGCUUAAAACCAUGGGCGAUAUUUAAAAAAAAUAUCGCCCAUGGGAAAAAAGAACUAAAAAAUACUUCUGGAACAAAGGCCGCUGAAAAGAGGGCAGACAGUGUUACAUUCUAUAUUGAUUUUCUCCUUAAAGAAUCAUUGUCAUUCAGCAAUACUCUGUGAACUUAGCAAAGUAGAGAAAGUAUUUACAUUA